GGAAAUUCCACUGCUCUACGCAAGCAGCUGCUCAGAGCCGCUCACCAUAUAAAUUGGGCAGUUGCUGAAUGUCUCAGCAUCACAGAGAAACGAGACCUCCAAUCUCCACUUGCCCUCUCCAGCUCCUGUCGCCACUGCCAGCUGACAUGAAGGUCUUUGUGGCUGCCCUCGCUGUCCUCCUCAUCGCUGUCUGCUACCAGACCUCGGCUGCACCGGUGGGUUCUGACCCGCCGACCUCCUGCUGCUUCACCUACAUCUCCCGGCAGAUGCCCUUCAGCUUCGUGGCAGACUACUACGAGACCAACAGCCAGUGCCCUCAGGCUGGCGUUGUGUUCAUCACCAGGAAGGGCCGUGAGGUCUGCGCCAACCCCGAGAAUGACUGGGUGCAGGACUACAUGAGCAAGCUGGAACUGAACUGAUGCACCAGGACGGGAUGAGCGAGCUAUGGCCAGCUGCAGACCCUGCCAGAAACGCAACUGUGAUGCUGAGAGCUACCUGAGAGACUGAAAAUGUCCCAGAAUCUGCUUUACUUUUACUAUUUAUGUAUUUAAUUGUUUAUAAGGGAAGGGAGUAGGUGAAAUAACACCACUCCAACCAAAUAGGAAGAUUAUUUAAUAGAUAUAUACUUUUAAAUUAAGAGUUAUGCUUGGAUUAUAUUUUC